CUGCAGUUCCUCCCACUCGAUUUGCUGAUCAAAAGCUUAUUGGGGAACUUUACCUCACUUUUAACACAACUUUACACUGGAUUGGCACUCUGGAUUUAUUGCUUUAAUUUCUUAGUUUUUUUUUUUUAAUUCUUGGAAAAAAGGCUUGUCUAGGUUUUCUUACUUAUAAGAUGCUGCAUUCCUCCACACUUCUGAGCUGAGAACAAGUGUCCCUGUGACUAGUGACUGAGGAGGACAGCCAGACAGAUCACCCUUCACCAGUAUCGUGGAUGGUCCUCAGAGGGGUUUGUAACUGUUUAUCAGAAAAGAAGAUUGAUGGUCACCAUAAACUCUUCCUGAAGUGAAAGAGACGGAUAUGGGAUUGGGAAUGGGAUUUGGGAUUUCUCCCAUCCUAAUACUCCUUGCUUUUGGACUUUCCGGAGAGAUGACACAUGCACAAAGAGCAGGUUGUAAAAAUGUCCAUUAUGACUUGGUCUUCAUCCUGGACACCUCGUCCAGCGUGGGCAAAGAGAACUUCGAAAAGGUGCGUCAAUGGGUGGCCAACCUUGUGGAAACCUUUGACAUUGGGCCGGAAAAGACCAGAGUUGGUGUGGUUCGCUACAGUGACAGGCCCACCACUGAGUUUGACCUUGGCAGGUACAAGACUGUAGGGGACAUCAAAAGAGCAGCCAGCAACAUUAGAUACGUAGGAGGAAACACCUUCACAGGAGAUGCAAUCAGUUAUUUAACCACUCGAAGCUUCACAGAGGCUGCGGGCGCCAGGUCCAGUGAACUGGGCAUCAAGAAAGUUGCCAUCUUGAUGACAGAUGGCAGGAGUCAGGAUUUUGUUCUGGAGCCAUCUAAGGCAGCCCAUCAGGCUGGGAUAAGGCUGUUUGCAGUUGGCAUCGGAGAAGCACUCAAGGAGGAACUGGAGGAGAUUGCAUCCGAGCCCAAGUCUGCUCAUGUUUUCUACGUGUCAGACUUCAAUGCCAUUGACAAGAUAAGAGGGAAGCUGAGGAGAAGGCUGUGUGAGAAUGCGCUGUGCCCCAAUGUUAGAGUGGAAGGUGACCGGUUUAAAACUACCAGUGGAGGAAAUGCAGAUGAAAUCCCAGGUUUUGACCUAAUGGAUUUUUUCAACGUGAAAGAUCAUUUUGGUAUGAAGGAGGAUGAUGAGCAGAGUUCUUAUGUACGACUUGGGACUAUGCCCAUCGUUGAGCGGACUGAAGACGUGUUCCCUCAAGGUCUGCCCGAUGAAUAUGCUUUUGUCACCACAUUUAAGUUCAGAAAAACCUCAAGAAAAGAAGACUGGUAUAUCUGGCAGAUCUUUGACAAGUAUGGGAUACCACAGGUGUCCAUCCGGUUGGACGGCCCGAACAAGGCAGUGGAAUACAAUGCUGUCGGAGUGACAAAGGAUGCUGUGAGAACCGUCUUCAAGAGUCCUGCUGUUAGUGACCUGUUUGAUCGCAACUGGCACAAGAUCGCUCUGAGUGUGGAGGCUAAGGCAGUGUCCCUCUACCUCGACUGCAAACUUGUAGAGACGCUGCCUAUCGAGGAGAGGGAGAACAUUGACAUCCAGGGAAAGACGGUCAUUGGAAAGAGACUCUAUGACAGCGUUCCUGUUGAUUUUGACCUGCAAAGGAUGGUGAUUUACUGUGACUCCAGGCAUGCAGAGCUUGAGACCUGCUGUGACAUCCCCUCUGGUCCAUGCCAAGUCAAGUUUGUGACAGAGGCUCCUGUCAUCGAAAUCACUCCAACAGUAAAUGGAGAGCAGCAACGUGGAAACAAGACACUCAACUGCACCUGUCCCGCUGGAGAGAAGGGGGAGGUUGGCCCACCUGGUCUAGCUGGCACAAAAGGUGAAAAGGGUGAAAGUGGCAGCAGUGGUGCAAUUGGGCCUGCAGGGUUCAAAGGAGAAAAAGGAGAUCCGGGCAGAACAACAUCAGUCAGUGGAGUAAAAGGGGAAAAGGGUAAGGGUGGUGAAAAAGGUGAAGUUGGAUCAAGAGGAGAAAAGGGGGAGAAGGGUGAAUUUGGUCCACCUGGCCCUGCUGGUAGAAAGGGAGAUCAAGGUGAAAUGGGGACUCCAGGAGAACCUGGUGAUAUUGGACUGCCUGGACCUUUGGGCCCAAAAGGAUCAGAAGGACAAGCUGGAUCCUCCGGGAUACCUGGGCUCAGAGGAGUGCCUGGUGAAAGAGGAGUUAAAGGUGAAAGAGGGAUUAGGGGAGAGAAGGGAGAAAAUGGCCUAGAUGGAUUUCCUGGGAAAAUGGGUCCCGCAGGAAAAGAUGGAUUAAAAGGAAGCAAUGGAUUACCUGGUGUUAUUGGACCCAAAGGUGAAAAGGGUGGAAUGGGCCCUCCUGGAAUUUCAGGAGAUGCGAUUGAAGGCGUGAAGGGAGAAGCAGGACCCCCUGGGCCCCGGGGACCUCCAGGGCUAUCUGGACCUGCUGGGCCACCAGGUCCUCCAGGUGCUGAUGGAGCAGUAGGAGAGCCUGGGUUACAAGGUCAGAGGGGCAAGAAAGGAGAAGAUGGCCUGCCUGGAGUCGAUGGAUUGCCUGGACCCCCUGGUCCCCAAGGACCUUCUGGAAACCCUGGGCCACCUGGAAAAACUGGACCUCCAGGGUUACCAGGUGAAAUCGGAUUUUCUGGGAAACCAGGAGAGCCAGGCAAACAUGGUAUACCUGGAAAAGAUGGGUUGGAUGGCCUUCCAGGAAAGGAUGGAGAAAAGGGUUCACAAGGAGAAAGAGGGCUGGAUGGUUUGCCUGGAAAGCCUGGUCCUCAGGGUGACAGAGGCUCUGGUGGCCCCGAGGGUCCCCUGGGAUUGAAGGGAGAGGCUGGUCCUCCAGGUGUUCCAGGAUUAACAGGGCUGAGAGGAGAGAAAGGAGAACCAGGUGACCGUGGACGAGUUGGACCCCUGGGUCCAAAAGGUGACAGAGGAGACAAGGGUGACGUCGGAGAGGCUGGUCCUCCUGGGGCCCCAGGAAAUGUUGCAACAGUGAUUCCACAGCCUGGAAAUCCAGGAGAACCUGGGCAGCAAGGAGAUAAAGGAGAUCAAGGACCACCAGGAGAUCCAGGUCCGAGGGGAGUCCCAGGUGAAGAAGGACUGAAGGGGCCACCAGGACACCCGGGUCCAAAAGGGGAUGCAGGACUCAGAGGAGAGCGUGGAGUGAACGGAGAUGCAGGACCACCUGGCCAAACAGGUCCACAAGGUCCACGUGGUUUACCAGGCAAUGCGGGUGUACCAGGGAAAGAUGGUCAAUCUGGAGUAAAUGGACAAAAAGGGGAAAAGGGAGAGGCUGGUAAGGAAGGCAGGCAAGGCUCAGCAGGAGCUCCAGGGGAGCCCGGACCUGCUGGAAUCCCAGGUUUACCAGGCAAGGGGAAGGAUGGGGAGCCGGGAAAGCCUGGAACACCUGGAUUGCCUGGACCCCAGGGGCCGAAGGGGGAUUCCGGAUCCCAUGGGAUGCGUGGACUUCCUGGAGAUAGAGGUCCACCUGGGACUGGGUUACCUGGGCAACAGGGAACACCAGGAGCUGCAGGAGAAAAAGGACCCCAGGGCCCAAGAGGUGUACCUGGCGUAGCUGGUCCCCAAGGUCCGCCUGGGCAUAAUGGUUUACCUGGAAGGCCAGGUGACAGAGGAGUUCCUGGGGAGCCGGGUUCAACAGCUCAGAUCUCUCAAAAGGAACUUAAAAGCCUUCUUAAGGAUGUGUGCACUGAUUGCCCACCUGGUCCUUCCGGGAUGCCAGGUCUCCCAGGGUUCAAAGGUGAUAAAGGAUUGACAGGUCCACCCGGAAAAGAUGGGAAUAAUGGGAACCAGGGGCCAUCUGGGCCUCCUGGUCCUAUAGGCCCACCUGGGAUGGACGGGAUGAAGGGAAGCAGAGGAGACCGAGGGGCUGCAGGUGAAACUGGAGAAAAAGGCGAGAAGGGAAUCCCAGGAGCACCUGGCUAUCCUGGAGCAGCCGGCUUAGCAGGGCAGCCUGGGUUAGAUGGAAUCCCAGGGGCUGUAGGUCCACCCGGAGCCCCAGGAGAGAAGGGUAAAGAGGGUUUACGAGGAACACAGGGUCCGCCAGGACUACCCGGGCUGAUGGGAAUGACAGGAAAGAAUGGAAAGGAUGGGAAACCAGGGGAGACUGGGGAAUCGGGUAAACAGGGUGAGCCAGGGCUACCAGGCAGAGACGGAUUCAGAGGAGUUCCUGGUUUUAAGGGACACAGAGGGGAGCCGGGUCCCCCAGGUUCCAGAGGGGAAGCAGGCAUGAUGGGAGCAGUAGGACGAGAAGGGCCUCCAGGGAAAGAUGGUGACCCUGGUCCACCAGGUCCACAUGGUCUCCAAGGGCCAAGAGGGGAGCAGGGUAGAGCUGGACCUCCUGGUGCUCAAGGAAAAGCAGGCAUUGCAGGUGCUCUGGGUCCUAAGGGAGACAAAGGAGAUUCGGGGAUCCCAGGAUUACCAGGCUUUUCAGGACCAAAAGGACCCCCGGGACCACCUGGAGAGUUUGGGCCUCAAGGAAAAGAUGGGCUGCCAGGCAAACAAGGAGAGCAUGGAUCCAAAGGAGAAAGGGGGGAUUCUGGUGUGAAAGGAGACAAAGGGCCGCACGGAGAUAAAGGGCUAGACGGAGCUCCUGGAAUGAAGGGUCACAAAGGACACACAGGGAUGAUGGGAAUGACGGGGCCUGCUGGAGAACAUGGCCCCCCUGGGCUUCCAGGUACUCCUGGUCAGCCUGGCUUCCCUGGGCCUCGGGGGGAAUCCGUAGCGAUGGAAGAACUGCGCAGACUUAUUCAGGAGGAGCUUGCAAAGCAGCUGGAUGCUAAAGUGGCCUACCUCAUGGCUCAGAUGCAGCCAGAACAUGUGAAAUCUUCUCCGGGCCGGCCCGGUCCUCCUGGGCCUGAAGGCAAAGAGGGGCGUCCAGGAAGACCAGGUCCCCCAGGAGAGCCUGGAAGCCCGGGGCUGAACGGGGGAGAGGGUCCCCAAGGACCAAUGGGUCCAAAGGGCGAAAGAGGAGCUAAGGGUGAGAGGGGAGAACCUGGAAUUGGACAAAGAGGAGAAAUCGGUCCCACUGGGGCUGCGGGUAUCCCAGGCACCCCUGGCUAUGGAAAGGAUGGAAUGCCUGGAACAGCGGGGGUCCAGGGAGAGCCAGGAAACCCUGGCUCUCCCGGCCCAGUUGGACCUCCAGGGCCCACUGGACAGUGUGACCCCUCUCAGUGUGCUUACUAUGCAAGUCUGGCAGCCAGGCCUCCCAAUGUCAAGGGACGUUAAACCAGUAAACCACAUACAUAAACUGCAAAGGAUAUUGUAAUUUAUGAACUAGGACUUUUAACAAACAAACUGUUUUCAAUACCCAAUUUGGUAUUUACUAGCAACAGUUGCUGCUGGUCAGAAUUGUUUUUUGUUCUGUGCGAUAUUUGGGAUGUAUGUCUUUCUUGUCUGGGAAUUGUUAUUAAUAUAAUGUAACAAUGAUACUGGUGCUGUUGUGUUCAAAGGGUGAGCAGUGGCUAGAGAAAAUGUCCAUCGUUGUUGCUGUUGCAUUCUUUGCUUGUGUCAUGACUUUAACUAACAUAAUCGUCUCUUAGCCUCCUAGUGUUUUGCUAUCUUUGGCAAAUACCACUGUUUUCAAUUUUAUUAAGAGGUCUGAGAAUUGGUCUAAAACUGUGCAUGUGUGCCAUAAGUUUAAGUUCAGGUAUUUGGACUCUGUGGGGAUGGAGUAUUUGACCUUGGGUAAUGAAAUAAUUUGUCUAGCAGACCUUGACUUAGACUAAAGUAAUACAUCUUAUAAUAGCUGCAAUGGCUGCUCUGGUUGUGAGCUCAGCGUGCCAACAACAAAAAAAGAUCAAUUUCUUCUUUAUAUUCAUAUAUAACACAGACAUAUACAAAUGUUUUGCCAAUCUUUGUAAAAUAAGAAGGAAAUGCCCAAUAACCAAUAGAAAAUAU